AUGAUCUUAAGCAAAACAAGGAAAAGUAUAAGCAUGAAUAAGCCAAUAUAUUUCAGCAAGUUUCUAGUGACUGAGCAAGUUUUUUACAAAUCAAAAUACACCUAUGCAUUGGUGAACUUAAAACCAAUUGUACCGGGUCAUAUAUUGAUUGUUCCAUUGAGAACCACGGUGUUAACCUUAUCGGAUCUGACUGUGCCUGAAUCCCAAGAUUAUUUCAACACCCUGCAAUUAAUCCAUAGGUUUAUUAAAUGGCAAUAUAAGGCGGAUUCAAUUAAUGUUGCCAUCCAAGACGGGCCUGAAGCUGGCCAGUCAGUUCCUCACUUGCACACACACAUUAUACCACGUUAUAAGAUAAAUAAUGUGGGAGAUUUGAUAUACGAUAAACUAGACCAUUGGGAUGGCAAUGGUACUUUGGUCGAUUGGCAAGCAAGACGGGAUGAUUAUUUAGGAGUCGGUGGUAGACAGGCAAGAAAGAACAAGUCUGCACUGGCCACUGCGGACGGGGACGAACCUUUUCAAGGCCCUAAUGUCUUGAAGCCAGACAGCCAAAGGAAGGUGAGAUCUCUAAUCGAAAUGAAAAAAGAGGUUCAAGAUCUUCAAAGCAGACUAGAAGAGUUCGUAGCUUCAAGUCCUGAUUUAAAACAGUGGCUAUAG